UUGUACAAGCCCUCGAGAAGACCAUCUCUCUUCGUCUUCGUGUCGUCGGAGAGAAGCGAGAUGGGGGUCGUCUCAAUGGUCAGCGCGGCGGUGGUUUCGUUGCUGUUAUGGUUCGCCGGAGUGGCGGCUGAUGCGUCAGACCACCGCUACAAGAUCAACGACCCUGUUCCGCUCUAUGCCAACAAGGUUGGCCCCUUCCAUAACCCCAGUGAAACCUAUCGGUACUUUGAUCUCCCCUUCUGUUCUUCAGAGGAAGUAAAGGAUAAAACAGAAGCUCUUGGUGAAAUCUUGAAUGGGGACCGACUGGUGGAUGCUCCAUACAAACUUUACUUCCGUGUUGAACAGAACUCAAAGUUGGCAUGCAAAAAACACCUAACUAAGGAUGAAGUGGCCCAAUUCAGGAGUGCAGUCACAAAAGACUAUUACUUCCAGAUGUACUACGAUGAUCUUCCCAUAUGGGGGUUCAUUGGGAAGGUUGACAAGGAGGGCAAGACUGAUCCAAAUGAUCACAAAUACUACCUUUACACCCAUAUUCACUUUGAUGUCUACUAUAACAAUGACCGUGUGAUAGAGAUCAAUGUCCGUACGGAUAACAAUGCCAUGGUGGAUCUGACUGAGGAUAAAGAGAUUGAUGUGGAUUUUUUCUACUCGGUGAAGUGGAAGGAGACAGACACACCUUUUGAGAGGAGGAUGGACUUGUACCAACAGUCUUCAGCAACGGCACACCACUUGGAGAUCCAUUGGUUCUCUAUAAUCAACUCAUGUGUUACUGUCCUCCUUCUAACUGGAUUUCUUGCCACAAUUCUCAUGCGGGUGCUGAAGAAUGAUUUUGUGAAGUAUGCUCAUGAUGAGGAGUCUGCUGAUGACCAAGAAGAGACUGGAUGGAAAUAUAUCCAUGGGGAUGUCUUUAGGUUUCCGAAGCACAAUUCAGUUUUUGCAGCUUGUGUUGGUUCUGGUACUCAGUUAUUUGCACUUGCAACUUUCAUUUUUAUUCUAGCCCUUGUUGGUGUUUUCUACCCCUACAACCGUGGAGCUCUUUUCACUGCAUUGGUAGUCGUUUAUGCACUGACUUCAGGCAUUGCUGGUUUUACUGCUACCACAUUAUAUUGUCAGCUUGAAGGAACAAAUUGGGUGAGGAAUCUGCUUUUGACGGGAUGCUUAUUUUGUGGGCCCUUGUUCUUGACAUUCUGCUUCCUGAACACUGUUGCCAUUGCUUAUAAUGCUACAGCUGCACUUCCGUUUGGCACCAUUGUUGUAAUUGUUCUGAUCUGGGCCCUUGUAACAUCUCCUUUGCUUGUCUUGGGUGGAAUUGCAGGAAAAAACAGCAAAGCAGAGUUCCAAGCUCCAUGCCGCACUACCAAGUAUCCUAGAGAGAUUCCACCAUUGCCUUGGUAUCGAAGCACUAUCCCACAGAUGGCCAUGGCUGGUUUUCUGCCGUUCAGUGCAAUCUAUAUUGAGCUCUACUACAUAUUUGUCAGUGUCUGGGGCCACAGAAUUUAUACAAUCUAUAGCAUUCUCUUUAUAGUUUUUAUUAUACUUCUCAUCGUCACAGCCUUCAUUACUGUGGCAUUGACUUACUUCCAACUUGCUGCAGAAGAUCAUGAAUGGUGGUGGCGGUCUUUCCUAUGCGGUGGAUCAACAGGGUUAUUCGUCUAUGGAUAUUGCUUGUACUAUUAUUAUGCUCGGUCAGACAUGUCAGGCUUCAUGCAAACCUCUUUCUUCUUCGGGUACAUGGCUUGCAUAUGCUAUGGUUUUUUCCUUAUGCUUGGGAUGGUUGGCUUCCGUGCUGCAUUGCUGUUUGUCCGGCACAUCUACCGUUCUAUCAAGUGCGAGUAGCCCAAAGAAAAUCCAGAUCAAGUUUGCUACAAUAACUCCUUUUGUUGAUCCAUGUUAUUAUGCUUCAGUUAUUGUGGCGAAGGGUGAUAUGCGGUGGAAAUCUUUCCAUGUCUAUAUUCUGCUAAGCCUGUGAAAA